GGGAGACCGGAUAUAGUGAAUGCAGGGUCCGGGGGAGACCAGAUAUAGUGAAUGCAGGGAUCCGGGGAGACCAGAUAUAGUGAAUGCAGGGUCCGGGGAGACCAGAUAUAGUGAAUGCAGGGUCCGGGGAGACCAGAUAUAGUUAAUGCAGGGUCCAGGGAUACAGAUAUAGUGAAUGCAGGGUCCGGGGAGAGCGGAUAUAGUCAAUGCAGGGUCCGGGGGAGAGCGGAUAUAGUGAAUGCAGGGACCGGGGAGACCAGAUAUAGUGAAUGCAGGGUCCGG